UGAACUACAUGUUAAUAUUUUUCUCAACACCAAUACUUCUGAACAACACACCAUUUGAAGACCAAACCACCAGAUACAAGCAUGUUUAGAGAACUAACCGGUAUCGUCCUUCUACUGCACUUGCUGUUAACUUGCUCUGCUGAGGAAUGUGAUGAUGAUGAGAAGCAUUGUCCUGAUAAAGAGGUCUUUGAUGAAGCAGUAACAGCAGUGCCUGAGACACUGAGAGAAGAAGUAAAAAGAGUAUUCUUUGUUAACAGCAAGAUUGGCAUAAUUCCAAAGGGAGCCUUUGCUAAAAACCCUCAGCUGGAACAAGUGGAGUUUGUUGGUACACCAACUCAUUCCAUUGAGGCAGGUGCAUUUGAAGGCUUGGAGAACCUCAAGAUCAUUGAGAUUUCAGGCACUCAAAUAUCAUCUCUACCUGAUGGACUUUUUCAAGACCUCACUAAGCUUGAGAGACUGAUCCUGAAAAGCAACAAAAUUACAAGUCUUCAUAAAGGAUUGUUUGAUGAACUGAAGGAACUUCAAGAUCUCCAGUUACAUAUUAAUCAGAUCACUUUCAUUGAAGAAGGAACUUUUGAUAACUUGGAAAAUCUUACUUCUCUCCAUCUUGCCAAAAACAACCUUACAUCAGUCACCCCAUCACUGUUCUCAAAGUUAAACAAGCUGGAGGUUUUAAGGCUAUAUGAAAACCAGUUGGAUGCCAUUCCAGAAGGCAUUUUUGACAAUCUUCCUAAUCUGAAAGAAAUUGCUAUACAACAAAACAGAAUAACAAACAUUUCACCCAAUUUAUUUCCACAUAAAGGCAAACUGACAAAACUCUUUCUGGACAACAAUCUUUUGACUGAACUUCCCUCAGAGAUGUUUGUUGGAUUUACGCUUCUUAAAAGUCUAUCCCUGCACAACAAUCAACUGACAAAUCUGCCCCAAGUCCUCUUUGGAGAGCUGCCGAAACUGACAGACUUGAGCCUACGUUCAAAUAAUCUCACGACUUUACCUGCUGGGGUUUUCAGUCCUCUUAAAAAACUCAAGAAGCUGGAUCUGUCCCGAAACAAGUUCUCAAAUCUCAAUGGGGACUUUUUUGAGGGUCUUGACAAGAUCACAGAACUCAACCUCCAGAAUAACACAAUUGGGGUCUUAAAGCCAGAGGACUUUAAAAAACUACAAUCUCUGACAACUCUCAAACUGGCCGGUAAUCCUCUGAAAGUGCUCCCUGCUCAAAUUUUUGAUUCCUUACCAAAACUUAACAAAAUUUAUCUGGAUGAUAAUCCCUGGGAGUGUGAUUGUAAACUUCUCCCAUUUUUUGUAUGGAUACAGGACAACAAAGAGAAGAUCAGGUCAUCCUCUCUGACUUGUCUAUACCCAGAGACAUUAAGAGGGGAGUCUAUCCUCUCCCUAUCAGAAGAUCAGCUGAUAUGCCCAACAGCACCACCAACUACCACUUGCUUAAUCACAACUACGACACCACUGACAACUGUCCCAACUACAUCAACAACCACCGUAAGGACAACAACAACCACAACACCUACAACAACAGUAACACCUACAACAACGACCACAACACCACCAACAACUGUAACACCAACAACAACGACCACAACACCUACAACAACUGUAACGCCUACAACAACGACCACAACACCUACAACAACAACCACAACACCUACAACAACUGUAACGCCUACAACAACGACCACAACACCUACAACAACAACAGCACCAACAACAAUAAUAACAACCUCAACAACCCCAACACUACCCCCAACAACAACAACGACUAUGAUGACGACUACCACGGUCAUCACCACAACCAAUUUACCCUCAACAACUACAACUACACCAACAACAACAACUGUACGAACAACACCAACAACAACCACUUCACAGACAACAUCGACAUUACCAACAACUACAGUAUCAAGAACUACAGCCUUACAGAUUACUACACAUCUGACUACUCUAACAACUGUUUUCACCACUAUACCAUUCACCUUCUACAACUGUUACUACAACCACAGCACCAACCUCUACUCAUCCAGACCAGAUAUGGCCUCACAUUGUAAAUCACAAAUGGUAUUCUACACAACCAUGCUUGUAGUGGAGAUCUUGUGUACAGGCGUGCUGGCCAAAUUCACAUACACUCUGUAUUGCUCCCUUCAGCAAGUCGAGAAGCCCUACACCCGUGUCAGCCUAACCCAUUUCUCACACAGAAAGUCUGUCGUGUUGAGACCAGCCCGUGAGAUGGAAACUGUGGCUCUUUGAGGGUCUUCACUAUCCCGUGAUUAGAAGCUAUCACAGGUGUGGUUUUGGAAAAGAUCGAGCUGAAAAUUGAGGCAGUUGUUCUUAGACAGGCUCUGCACUAACACCCCCUGCAGGUAGACAGAAAAGAUGUCGUGUCUGAGAAACAUCCAUAUCUAGGACUCCUGCAGCUUUACAACCACAUCAUAACAUAUCUAGUGGAACAUUUAGUCGUACCAUCUGAUUAGUUUACAGUUUCUAAAAGAAUAAUGGUAAGAGUACGUUGCUGACCUCAAACUGUACACAAAUGAACUUAAUUUAGGAAGGCACUGAGUAAACUAUAGUAGUAAUGACUGAUACUCAACUCAUGU